GAGUUGGACGAUCGCAACAACCGAGACACACGACACCGCAGCAUGCCAACGACAUGCAGCGGAACAUCUGCGACGACUGAAGUCCAUGAUACAUUUCUUGCAAGACCAAAUUUGUUAAACGCCUGGAUCUCACAUAACCCGGACUCACGGAACAGGAUCUUCUCAGGUGAAAGACAUGGCUCAAACACCCAAACAAGCGACGGCCAGUGAGCUCACACAGGACAACAGUCAAUCCGUGGAAGACAAAGUGAUCUCAGAAGAACAAGAGGGCCUGAAAGUCAGUGGGCAGGUCAUAGCAGCUCCUCAGUCACCUGAAGCAUUGGUUUACACUAUUUAUAAACAGAGGAGUGACGAGUUUCGGAAGUUAUUCAAAGAGGUGCCUGAGUCUGAGAAACUAAUAGCAGACUACACCUGUGCUCUCCAGAAGGAUAUCUUGUUACAAGGCCGCAUCUACCUUACAGAGAAUUGUUUUUGUUUCUACAGUCAUGUUUUUCGUGGUACAAAAAUCACAGUAAAUAUGCAGGAUAUCAUCUCAAUAUCACGAGAGAAGACAGCGAAAUGGAUACCAAAUGCCAUCCAGAUCAGUACCGAUUCAGAGAAGUUUUUCUUCAGCUCAUUUUCGGCAAGAGAGAAAAGUUUCUUGAGUAUGUUUCGGCUUUGGCAGAAUGUUCUAAUGGAGAAGAAACUGACCAAGUUGGAGCUGUUGCAGAUGGUUAAGCAGCAUUAUGGCAAUGACUUAGGAUUGAGUCAUAAUGAAAUGGAAAGCAUUCAGUCAUCAGCAGAUACUGUCACACUUACCGUGCCCAGUCUGAAUAUGCGUGGAGAGGAUUACACGGGGAGGCCAGAAAGGCCCACAUCGCUUCGUCUUCCCCAAGCGGAGCUGAAUUCUUAUGAGGCCAGCACACCACAGGGAGACGACACACAGUCUUCAGCUGGACUGCAAAGCACGCUCUCAGCAAAUGGAGGGGACAACACUCUCAGUACCCCGUCCCAUCACCGCAGUCCAAAUCUGUCAUUAAACCGCUCAGGGUCUGAACGAGUCUCUAAACGCUUCUCUCUCUCUCUGGAUCUAAAUGCCAAUGAAGACCAGCUCUCUGAUAACAGUGGAUCUGACAGCCUGGAGGAGGUGGAAGAACGUGAGACUGCGUCUCCAGUGUCUCCGGGAAGGCUGUUUGUGAACCGGGUGUUUCACAUCAGUGCUGAGAAGAUGUUUGACCUGCUUUUCACAGAUUCUAAUUUCAUGCAGAGAUUUAUGGAUAUCAGGAAGAUCAUAGGUGUAAGCGCUACCUCUUGGCAAAGGGAGGCAUCUGGUGGUAUGAAAAGGACUUUGAACUACACCAUCACCAUUAAUAACCCCCUGAUUGGCAAGUUUUCCACUGCCACAGAAACCCAGACACUAUUUAAAGAGUCGAGGGAGGGUCAGUACUACAUGAUAGAUGCAGAGGUCUACACACAUGAUGUACCUUACCAUGACUACUUCUACACUCAGAAUCGCUACUGUAUCAUCCGCAACUCCAAGCACAAGUGCAGACUCAGGAUUUACACUGAUGUCAAAUACAAAAAGCAACCAUGGGGUCUUGUUAAAUCCUUUAUCACAAAAAACUCCUGGAGUGGCAUAGAAGACUACUUCAGACACCUUGAGGCAGAGCUGCUAGAAGAGGAGGCAGAGUUGACUCAAGGAAGCGGAGAUACUGGAAAGACGGGUGGUUUGCGCAGGAGGCGAAGAACUUACAGUCGCACCCUACAGGAUCAAAUGAAGCCAGGGAAGCAGUACAGCGCAGACUUGGAUCAGCAGAGAGCCGGCACCAUGGGUGCCAUGGAUCUAAAGAACACACAACACAGAUGGAACGUCACUUCGAUUGUGUUUGGGAUGAGCUUAAUACUUUUUGUUCUGGUGGUUUUGAACUUGGGACUGUUCUAUAAACUUUGGGCCAUGGAAGAUAUUGCUCACCGUAUGUACCUGAACACCAAGCACAGAAUGAAAGAGAGAGCAGAGUCCAGUUUGGCACCUGACCUAGGGACUAGACAGGGUAUGCCACACAGAGGUCGAGAAGAAGCUCAUUUACUAAGGGCAGUACUGCAGGACUCCAUUAACCUUCUAGAACAGCUACGCAGUUCUCUUGUGGUGCUUCAACAGACCUUUCAGGUCUACAACAGAUCCUCCUCUCAGCUUUAAAUGGCAUUGAGUUUGGUGACCUACAACACAAGGGCUUUCUUCCCAUAAGACCUCUCCUCACUGAGGAGGGUUGCCAUAGGUACCGUCACUCCAGGGCAGGCUCGUAGCCAUGUUCAUCAUCUCUCUGGGCGUUUUUGUUAUGGUUGGAUGCUUUUUUUUUUUCAGUGCUGUUUUUGUCUUGGAGGAGAACUUUGCACUAGUACACUCAAUUUUAUGAGUUUCCUCUUGGAUUUACUAACUUGACCUUGGAACUGAAGGAGAGAAGCAACACUGCAUUUUCUCAUUUUUCAAAACUAAUAAUAUUGCUGAAGUUAAACUUUAAAGUAACAACAGUGUAGCAUCUUGAAGCACAUGUCCUGGAAUGCUUGAUGCUAAUUUGAUGGACAGAUUUUUUUUCUGGACUGCAACAGAAGCCUUAUAAAACUAAAAAGUCUCAGAUGUAAUGGAUUCAGUGCAGUUGCACAGGGUCUUCAGUUUAAUUAUGAAGGGGGCAAUGCAGGCCCAUUGCCUUUUAGCUCACUUUAAAGCUCUGCCUAACAUUUAGUCAUGUGGCCUUAUUUGCCUUGAUUUAGAUAAUGUUCUUGUCUUAAGAUACCUCUAAGAACUUGUAAAUGAUUCACCUUAAAACCUUAUUAAAGCAGGGAUCACUAAUGACAAAUGAUUAUGCUUAUUGAUUCUAGAAUGCUUGUAGGUUUUGAAUGUUUAUCAGGUUUUUAAUAAUGUCUAAUAGUACAGGUUUGUGUGAAGAAGAUAAAAAUCUGAUGUUUACUGUAAAGGAUGAGUGGUGAUGUUGGAUGUUUUAAAUUGUUUACACUCUUGGUCUUUGAAAUACCACUUUUCAAAUUUUUGGGACUGUAUUGUCACUUUGAACUAAAUUUGUGACACAUUCAUGUAAAUUAUGUACAAUGGGAAAAGUGUGGUAAUUUAUCAAAUAAUGUUUAAUCCUCAAGCAUUUAAUUAUUUAGCAUAAAAAUAUGUAAGAGGUGGAUGUGUAAUAAUAGAUGUCUAUUUUUUGUUAUUGAAAAUAUUCAGUUUUUUUUUUAUUUUUCUUUGGAACCUAUUAAAUAAUAAAAAUGAAAAAUUACAA